GACGUCUGUCUCUGCAACAGAGGGCGUGUCUGUCGCGGUGCAAAAUGGCGGAUAUUUGUAAGCUGAUUACAUUUUUAUAAUAACACAAUGGACACGAUUGUGCAAGGGCCCCCCGAGGACGGGGCCCAGGAUUUGAAUCUAGUCGACGCAACGGAAUGGGCAUCGCAGAAUUCGCAAGAAAUUGUAAAUAAUAAUUCGACUUUUCUGUAUAUCGCGGUUGAAUACGUGAAAGAUGAGUACAAAAUGGAGCCUGCGGUGAGUUUGGCUCAGCCACAAGACAAUUACACGGAUUUUGAGCAGCAUGUUAGCCCCUUGGACCCAAAUAUGAGCUCCGUGGCUAGGUACAGCCCCGUCUACAGUGAACCUUCUGCUGAAUACAACCCUGUUGUUAUUCAUCAGCUGGUGCAACAAGACAACGUACAAAAUGACAUGAUUAACAAUUUAACUACAAAUUCGCCUUUAGAAACGAUGCCGGUUUUGUGCAAUAACGACAUUAGGGAGGUUGUCGAUAACCACUUUCUUCAGAUGGUUAACACAACAAAUGCCGCUCCUGACGCUAACCAACAGGAGCUGCAAGUGGUGCCCCCUAAUGAUCAAGAAGUGGCUUUGUUGAUAACUGACCAAGAAACGGGUAUCUCUUAUAGUGUCAGAUCUCAGGAAUUUUUAGUAGAGCGUUGUUUGGAAGACGAGCAGUUGUUGAACGCUCUAAGUCCGGAUCCUUUACUUGACUCGCAACUUUUAGCUUUAGAUGAAAAUACGCUGAAAACGGAAUUGAGUGACGAAAUUAUUAAUUCCACGGUUAAUUCGGCGGUUAAUAAUUAUAUUUCGAGUUUGAGUGCCGCUGUGGACAAUGAGAAUCAGUUCAGGAUGGAGACGCGGAGGCAGAAGCAGAACGAAGUCGAGUUUGAAGAUCAGUUAUUGUCUAAGGUCUACAGUAUUGUCGACAAACCUGUGCCAUCAAGGGCCAGAGCUACUCUGCCAGAGUCAUAUCUUUGCUUGAGUAAAGUGGAUGAAGAUUAUGGCGUUUUUGCGAAGAAAACCAUCCCAAGAAGUACCCAGUUUGGACCUUUGACGGGCGUUCUGAAACCUGUCGCCGAUGAAAUAAAAGACAACCCAACCGAGCUUACUUUUCUUUUAGAAGACGAAAAUUCCACAGUCAACCAGUUGGACGUAUCUGAUGAAAAUAUAGCAAACUGGAUGCGUUUCAUUCGAAAAGCUGCGACGUACAAUGAGCAGAAUUUGUUGAUAACUCAAGAAGGAAGUUAUUUGUAUUUUACGACAACGAAGAACGUUCUUCCUAAGCAAGAGUUGAAGGUCGGAUACAGCAUGCCUUACGCCACGCGUCAUAAACUGUCUGUGUUAAUCCCAGACGAGGACAAAUCGUGGCCGUGUUUCGAGUGCCCGGAGACGUUUUCGUCUUCAGAAGAACUCCAGAAACAUUUGAAUGUCCAUGACGGGGAUGAAGAAGAUACUGUGAAGAAAAAGAAGAAUUUGAAAAAUAAUAAAAAGAAAGUGGCUACUAAGAAUGGUGAGGCGCUGCAGUGCAACAAUUGUAAUGAACUUUUUCUUCAACCCGGAAAAAUUGCACUGAGGCAGCAUCUUAUUGAGAAACAUUUGCUAAGCGGCUUGGACAUGAUUGAUCAGUAUUUUUCUUCAGUUUUAAAUUACAAAUGUGACAAUUGCGACGCGGUUUUCAACUCCGAAGCUCUCCUCAAAAUCCACAGCUACCUCCAUGACUCGGACAGUUCGGACGAGCAAACGAAUCACGUUUGUCCCAACUGUCAAAAGAAAUUCCCGACGCAACGUCAACUGGUGACGCACGUCGCAACCCAUGCCGUAGUUGGGGCCAAAACUAUCCAACCGGAAACUUUCAAGUGCCCAGUUUGCCACAAAAUGUUCGCUUUACGCGAACGGCUAAGGCGCCACAUGUUGGUGCACGGCUCGGACGACUCCAAGCCCCUCCAGUGCAAAACAUGCAACAAACGUUUCAUAAACAAUUCAGCGCUAGCGGGUCACUUGAAAACCCACUUCGUUGGUAAAAAAAUCUUUGAGUGCCCUAUUUGUAAAGAGAGCUUCGACCAUGUGCUUAAGUUGAAGUUACACGUACCUAAACAUUGCGAGAACAACCUCUACUCGUGCCCGCAUUGCAAUAAAGUGUUUAAGAAGUAUAGUAUCAUUCGGAAACAUAUCAGGGCUUUUCAUUGUGACCAGAAGCAUCCUUGUCCGCACUGCGUCAAGAUGUUUCCCACUUUGGAUAAGUUGAAAAUGCAUUUGUUGCGUCAUUCGGACCAUAGGGAAUUUUUGUGCGCCGAUUGUGGUAAACAGUUCAAGCGUAAAGAUAAGUUGAAGGAACAUUGUAAACGGAUGCAUUCGGAAGAGAGGGAGAACGACGUGCCCAGACCUCAGAAACCGGUUUCACAACCGGUUAAGAAGCUGAGUCCGAAAACCGAACCGACGGAUUUUCAUCGGUUUAUUUACAAGUGUCACACUUGUCUUGUCGGGUUUAAGCGACGAGGGAUGUUGGUUAACCAUUUGGCGAAGAGACAUCCCGAUAUUAGUCCUGAUUCGGUCCCGGAGUUAAACUUGCCGAUUUUGCAGACCACAAGGGACUAUUAUUGUCAACAUUGCGAUAAAGUUUACAAGAGCAGCUCUAAGAGAAAGUUACAUAUCUUGAAAAACCAUCCAGGGGCUGCGUUGCCUAUGAGUAACCGGAAACAAGGGAAUUUUCAGGAUGGGUCUGGUUUGCCCAAUCCGACGUUUUCGCAGACGGUCGGUAGUAUCACUACCAGACCUCAGAAUUGUAAAUGGUGUCAUAAACAAUAUGCGAGUAAGGCGAAAUUGUUGCAACAUCAGAGGAAGAAGCACAGCGAACAACUGGCGCAACAGAAUGAGAAUGAAGGGAAGGUGAAGGAGAGUAACGAGCAGAAGUAUACGCCGCCGCAGCAGGGAGGGGGAGGAGGUGGACAAGUCGAAGACAAUUGUUUACAAGAAGAGUUUAAGGUAACUGAGGCGGACAUCCUGAAUAGCGCCUUGGAGGAAUAUAAUGGUGGCCGAGACGGUGAACAGUACUGUCAUUUAAUUGCAAUAGCUGGCAACGAUGGUUUUGAGCAAACCACCGACCUCAACGCUCCCAAUUCUCAUUUGUACCGCUUAUUAACGACGAGCAAUGAACUCCCAGGCUUAGUUCCACCACGUUGAACAAAGAAGUCGAGAAUUUAGAGUAUUUCCGGUGCUCCUUUGUGAGAUUUCCACUCAAUGUAUCCAAUUGAGUGAUUUUGAUGCGAGUUUGUGCCGUAGGUUGAAACCUACGUAUUUAAUAAAAAAUAACAAAUACAAAUAGAGGGAAGACAAGAUGGUGAUUUUUGGGAAACUGAAGAUUAUUUUUAAAGAAUUUAUAGCAAUAAUUGUCAUUAAUUGUAACAAAGUUAAACGAAACAAAAUAGCACUAUUUGUUUGGCUCGGCCGCAGCCACUUGUGUUUAGGUUAGGAAUGAAAUUUGUUUGGUCGAAGAUUAACCACGUACGGUUAAUAUUUUAUAGUGAGAUUUGAAAAUCGCAAACACAGUACUAACACUUUGAAUUGUAUUUUAUGGUAAAUUGUUUUUACUUAACUUUAGGGAAAUGUACCCCUGUGAUUGUUGAAGCCAAAAGAAUCCGAGAUUCAUUUUUACCUUGCCGACUUUCCAAAGCGAUAGUUUAUUGUGAAAAGUGUAAUGGAGUAACGUAUAUUUUUAUGGAAUUGUAAAAACAAAAAUUGUUAUCACGAUAAAACACAAAAAUAACUAGAAAUAUAUUGUCUGCUUAAACCAAUCUUUCAUUAAAAGCUGUUGUUAGCCGGCCAGUGAUCAGCAUCAUUCUGUAUAAAAGCGUCGUCCUCCGAAGCGCUAGUCCCCGGUGAGGUGUACGACGUCUCCCCCACGCACGUAUAAUAACUGUCUCUUUUACUGAGCGACAAGUUCCGACCGAUGUUAUUUAGACCCUCCGACGCUCUCUGAUUAUUAGGAUCGAGCCUCAACGCUAUACUGUAGUGGUGGAAAGCGUCAUCAUCCUUCUGUAAGUUAACAAAACAGUCGCCCAGAAGCUGGUGAAGACGCGAAGAUGGCGCAUGCUUGAUGUGCUUCAAGAGGAGCUCCCGCGCCUGGUCGUACUGCUGCUCCUGCUCCAGAAACUCCACCAACAUGCAAACUGCAUUCGUGGAGAAGGUCUUAUCUUGACUUACGGCUUUCUCGAGCAUCUUCCGAACGGUUUUUCCGGAAGUCAUCGGGUCCUUCAGCAACACGGAGGCGUGCAACUGGAAAUUUUUGUGAUAUGAUUAAUUCAAUAAAGGUGUUUAUUGUUGCUUCUAAA